CCGGCCGUGGCUGCGAGGCCGGCUCAAACCCGCGGUCUGUCGUGUGGAGUGGCAGCCGCUGCUGCAGGAGAGGGCGGGGCAAGGGGCACCUUUCUACUGCACUUUCUUUUUGCAUUUAUGAGAUUGCCUCGCCGUGCUUGAGAGGGGUUUGCAUUAGCUCCGAGUCCGUCCGCCAAAUGAGGAAACUGAGGCCGAGAAGCGGGAGGCGUUGCCAUCUGCUGGGCCACGCAACCUGCUAAAGAGAGGCUGGGGACCAAGGCCUCGGGGUCUGCGCCCCCAGGACCGCUUGCGUCGGUGAGCGUGGGAGACGAGGGCCCCGCAGCGUUCUGUGCACUCCUCUGCAUCCCUGCCGCUGCAGGAGGCUCCCUGGAGGAGGAGCUCGGGACGCGAAGGAGGAGCCAGGGCAGCCCCGGGCAGCGGGAACUCAGUCCUACGGGAUAAAAGUCGGAGCUCGGGACGAACCCCAGCAGCCCGGCGGGCAGAAAGCUCCGGGGGCGCCCUCAUGGAAGAGAAGCAGAUCCUGUGCGUGGGGCUGGUGGUGCUGGACAUCAUCAAUGUGGUGGACAAGUACCCGGAGGAGGACACGGACAGCAGGUGCUUGUCUCAGAGAUGGCAGCGUGGGGGCAAUGCCUCCAACUCCUGCACUGUUCUCUCCCUGCUCGGAGCCCCCUGUGCCUUCAUGGGCUCACUGGCCCCGGGCCAUGUUGCUGAUUUUGUCCUGGAUGACCUCCGCCGCUAUUCCGUGGACCUACGCUACACGGUCUUUCAGACCACAGGCUCCGUCCCCAUCUCCACAGUCAUCGUCAAUGAGGCCAGUGGUAGCCGCACCAUCCUCCAUGCCUACAGGAACCUGCCAGAUGUCUCUGCUGUGGACUUUGAAAAGGUUGAUCUGACUCGGUUCAAGUGGAUCCACAUUGAGGGCCGGAAUGCAUCGGAGCAGGUGAAGAUGCUGCAGCGGAUAGAACAGCACAAUGCCAGGCAGCCUCCAGAGCAGAAGAUCCGCGUGUCUGUGGAGGUGGAGAAGCCGCGAGAGGAGCUGUUCCAGCUGCUUGGCUAUGGAGACGUGGUGUUUGUCAGCAAAGAUGUGGCCAAGCACUUGGGGUUCCAGUCCGCGGUGGAGGCCCUGAGGGGCUUGUAUAAUCGAGUGAGGAAAGGGGCUAUGCUUGUCUGUGCUUGGGCUGAGAAGGGCGCCGAUGCCCUGGGCCCUGACGGAAAGCUGCUCCACUCCGAUGCUUUCCCGCCGCCCCGGGUGGUGGAUACUCUGGGGGCUGGAGACACUUUCAACGCCUCUGUCAUCUUCAGCCUGUCCCAGGGAAAGAGCAUGCAGGAGGCACUGAAGUUUGGCUGCCAGGUGGCUGGCAAGAAGUGUGGCUUGCAGGGCUUCGCUGGCAUCGUGUGAGUGCCCUGUGGCAGGCGGCAUCAGCUCACACCGCCUUGGUGGUCAAUCACUGGCUGCAGUUGCCUUCUCCCCUCCAUCCAGCCUGGUAUCUGGACUGCCCUGCUCCUGGGCAGAUGCCAGCCAUGGGAGGGCUCUACCUGUAUCCUGGCAUCUCACACUGCAGAGCCAUAGAGCAAAUAAAUCUCCUUUCCCC